AUGUUAACGACGAGCAUCGUCGGAGCUCCGGUGAUAAUUGCUCGGUUUAGGCGGAUUCCGGCGAGAAUAAGGUGCUUCUCCGCCACCGAAAAUUCCGAACUUCUUCGUUCCCAGCUCGAUCGGCUUCACGCGGAGGCUGAGUCCACUCGUGCCAAAGCAAAUAGUAAUAGGUUGAGACUUUUGAGAUUAUCCGAGGCUGCAGAGAAUCUACGGAAACAAGCAGCUGUAAAUGUUCAGACUGGGAAAGAGGAUGAUGCAAGAGAGUUACUUCUUCAGAAGAAGAAAGUUAUGCAAGCUCUGGACAAGGCAAAAGCUCGUAUCGAGUUGCUAGAUACGCUUUCUUCAAAACUUAACGAGGCAAUAUCUGUCAAGGAAACACAGCUGAUAGGGAAUAUAUCAUUGGAUCUCGAAGUAGAUAGUGAGAAUAGUUCAGGUGGAAUUCACAUUGUAUCGCCAAAGCCCAAAUCUACUGAAGACAAGCAUGAAAAUGACCAGACUCGCUUGGAUUCUCAGGAAAUUCAACUUGUUGAAAAGAACUUUGAGGAAUACCAAUCGACUCUCGAUAUUGAUAACCAUGUGCUGCAAGAUGCUUUAGCUGGUAGCAUCGUCAAAGAAGCGUCUUCUUAUGAAUCUUUCUUGGAAAAUCUAGACCAGAAACUUAGCAGAAUUGAAGCUGAACUAGUCACUGUUGUAAAUGUUGCGACCUUGGUGCUUAAUCAUGAAGAUAAACCCAAGAAUCUAAAGGUCCAACAGACAGCAGAGAUUCUUGAGGAGAUUCGCUGUGUGAGAGGAAGAAUUGCUAAUAUCCUUUGCAAAGAAGCAAACAUCAGUUAG